CUUUUUGUCCAAUACCCCUUCUUCCUCAACAGAGCCGUUCUCCAUCACUCUUCUAGGGUUUUUCAGGAUUUCUCUUUCCCAAUCUCACAAAAAACUUAAGGGUUUGUACUCUCUACUUGAAAUAAUGGAUAAAGAUACUUCCUUUCUAUUCUCUGGUAUCAAUUUCAACAGGAAGCGAUUUGCCAAUGAUUUUUCCAGAUUCAAAGAGAAAAAGGAGCAAGAAGAAAUUGAAGUGAAAAGCUUGAAUGAAACUCCAUGUGAAGAAAUAGAAGAUGUGAAAAUAUCAACUAAGAAGAGGAAAAGGAAAGGAACAGCUUCCGGUUUAGAAUCUGUGGUAGGGUUCAAUGUUUUCAAAAACUCAAAUUCAAAUGAACCGAUUCAAGACAAUGAACAGGCUCAAAAUGAGGAUCCUGAAUGGAAAAAGGAACAGAACAGGCAAAUUGAGAAAGAUGCUAUUUUGAGAAAGAAGCAUAACAUCCAUGUUUCUGGUAGCAAUGUACCAUCACCAUUUCAAAGUUUUUCAGACCUAAAAACAAGAUAUGGAUGUAAAAGGUAUUUACUACGCAACUUUGACGAACUUGGAUAUAAGGAGCCAACACCAAUACAAAGGCAGGCUAUGCCAGUACUUUUAUCAGGACGUGAAUGCUUUGCCUGUGCUCCAACAGGUUCGGGGAAAACCAUGGCUUUUGUCUGCCCCAUGCUAAUGAAGCUUCAGAAUGCUUCAAAAGAUGGGGUUCGGGCUGUGAUUAUCUGCCCCACCAAAGAGUUAGCUGCCCAAACGGCUAGAGAGUGCAAGAAGUUAGCUAAAGGAAAGAAAUUCAAUAUUAAGUUGAUGACAAAUCAGCUUGUCAAAAGUGCUGAAUUAACGAAACUUCCAUGUGAUAUACUUAUAUCCACACCACAGAGGCUGCAGAUUGCUAUCCAUAAAAGCAAGCUUGAUUUGAGCAGGGUGGAAUACCUUGUUCUUGAUGAAUCAGAUAAGUUAUUUGAGCUUGGUUUGGUGGAGCAGGUUGAUGCUGUGGUGAAAGCAUGUUCAAACCCUUCAAUUGUACGCUCGUUAUUCAGUGCAACUUUACCUGAUUCGGUAGAAGAGCUUGCACGCACAUUAAUGCAUGAUGCUGUCCGAAUUAUUAUUGGCAGGAAGAAUUCGGUUUCUGAAUUAAUUAAACAAAAACUGACUUUUGUUGGGGGUGAAGAGGGGAAGCUUCUUGCUCUUCGUCAAAGCUUCGAAGUGAGUUUGAAUCCGCCAGUGUUAGUCUUUGUUCAAAAUAAGGAAAGAGCGAAACAGCUAUAUCAGGAAUUGGCUUUUGAUGAUAUCAGACCCGAUGUUAUUCAUGCCGAUUUAACCCAGUCCGAGCGAGAAGAUGCUAUCAACAACUUCAGAGCUGGAAAGACAUGGGUAUUGAUCGCAACUGAUGUUGUUGCUAGAGGCAUGGAUUUCAAAGGGGUUAAUUGUGUAAUUAACUACGAUUUUCCAGACUCCGCCUCAUCAUACAUUCACAGAAUAGGUCGGUCAGGAAGGGCUGGAAGGAGUGGAGAAGCUGUUACUUUCUACACCGAGGCAGACAUUCCGUUCUUGAGGAACAUAGCCAAUGUGAUGGCAGCUUCUGGUUGCGAUGUCCCGGCAUGGAUUAUGUCCUUGCAGAAGAAAAAAUGGAGAAAACACAGGCCUGAAAGAGAUUCCAUCUCUACAAAACCGAUCGAAGAUGAGGAUUAAGCCAUAACUUCUCACCUUUUCCGCCUAUUCGCAGACAAUUUUGUUUCAAAAUGGCCAUUUUAGCCAUCAUUAUAGACUAUAAACUUUCUAUUAUCUGAUAUUUUUUGGAAAUUAGGUUUUCUUAUACAAGAAUUGUUGUUUUAUAUGAACUCAGAAGCUAGUAUUGGGAUGUAGACAGUUUUUG